AACAAACAGGUGUCUGCUCAGGAGGAGGGAGAGAAAGAAACACAAGCUGCUGAAAGAGGCACAAACUCCGCGAUUUUUUUUUUUUUUUACAUGCGACGGUAUCAUGCGCAAUGGGGCCGACAUGCAUCGGGAGCUGUGUGCCCUUAUUCGUUCUUGGAGUGAUUUUUGACGUGGUCGGCUUGGCUGUGCUGCUCGUCGGUGCUCUCGCCGAUCUGCGCCUGGACGGCCGCUUUUACGGCGACUUUCUCAUCUAUACGGGCUCCAUCGUGGUGUUUUUGAGCCUCGUAUGGUGGGUGCUCUGGUACACAGGGAACGCAACGAUCUCCUCUGACGAUUUGGAGAAAAACACGCUGGACACUUUGGCGCUAUUUGCGCGCAGAUUCUCCACAAGGCUUUCGCACACUGGAGCCAAAUCCACGGAGAGAGGAGAGAAGAACAAGUGUGUUGAUGCUCUAGAGUUGAUGAAUGGGUCCGUACCUGUGUAUAUUCACAUCCCACCUAGGACGGCGUGGCAGAUCUCGGGCAUUGAGAGCUACGAUAACGCAGCUUUCGAAAGUGUUGACAUAACAGCACCAUGUGAGAAAACAGUGGACUUGGAGAUUGUGAGGAACGGACGAAUAGAGAGACUUCUCUGAUCACCAAUAUUGCUGGAGUUUUACAGUUAUGUUCUGUAGGUUUCUCUUCUCCAGUAUCAGUUGAUUGGAUCCAGUCAUUUUUGUAUACCUUUCAGCACUACAUACCAUCUGUUCCACAAGGGUGGCUACUGAUUAUUCAGCACUUUCAUAUUAAUGCAUCUCUGGACUUGAACUUGAUGUUUUGAACAAUUUUCUGUGCAUAUCUUGUUUAAGUAAUUCAAAUGGAAAUUGUGUUGUUUUUCUUGUUAAGUGUUAAGUCACAUUUUCUACUGCUGACAUGCUAGGGAAGUGACAUGGCAUCUAAAGUUUGUGAAUUGCCUUGUCAUGAUGUCUUUAUGACAUAAUGUUUACUACACCUUCUUCACCAUGUUUUGGUUGCAUUUAGGGAGCAAAAGGGGAUAGGAACCUGUGCCAUUCCUUGUAGCUAUUGUGGAAACUUUAAGCAUACAAAUUAUUAUGAAUGUAUUAUUAUGAAUAUUUCACUUAGAAAGGUAUAUUUAAUGUAUCUUUUAAUGCUUUUACUCAACUAGUCGAAUUGUGUAACUUAAAUGUUAAAUAUAUGUGUAAGGUACACACAAAAGAUGUAUCCUUGAGUGUUCCACAAUGAUGAUAGGCAAAGGUACAGUUUAGUAAUAGUGAAUUAACUGGAAUUGAAAUUUCUAGAUAAUGAGGCAUUAGGAGUGGCUUGUUAUGGUUUGAUUUUCUACCAGCUUACAUUUCCUUCAGAUCAAGUAAUAAGUUAACUUUUAAUGUGGAAUUAAUGAGAGCUCAGUAUCAACAAAACUUCAUGAAAACAAACUUUGAUGUUCCAUUAACUGUACUUUGCAGGUGGAGAUUUAGAGUCAUGUUCUAUAGGUUUCUCUCCUCCAGAUCAGUAUCAGAUGUUUGGAUCCAGGUAGUUGACCUCCUAUACCAGCAGUACAUAUGUCCUGUUCCAAAAGAGUGGCUUUUGUUUAUUCAGCACUCGUAUAGUUGUGUGCACAUUCUUCAGAAUGAUUUCUGAAUCUUAUGAAUGCAUCUCUGGACUUGAACUUGAGUGUGCUGAAAUUUUAAACUAAAGCAAUUUCUGGGCAUUUGUUAUUAAUUCAAUGUAGGUUAUGUUGUACUUUGUACUCAAAACAUUUGCAUUUGUUCUAAGUAUA